AAUAUGGUUUUCAAGGCUUUACCUUACAGUACUCUCAAGCUUGUUCUCUUCAUCUCUCGUCUUCUUCUCAGACUCCAUAAAAACCAUACGAAAGCUCUCAAGAGAACCCUUAGCAACACCCAUGCAUCUCAUUUCAAACCACAAACUCCAUUUUCACUCGCUGAUCAAUCCGAUCUUUCACAAAAGACGUUGAUCUUCGAUGUCGAAGGAACCCUCUUGAGAUCUUCGUCUGUGUUUCCGUAUUUUAUGUUGGUUGCGUUCGAAGCCGGGAGCCUAAUUAGGGCUUUUGUGCUCUUCACUCUAUACCCACUUCUUUGUUUGGUUAGUGACGAGUUGUCUCUCAAGAUUAUGGUCAUGGUUUGCUUUUUUGGCAUAAAGAAAGAUAGCUUUCGAGUUGGAAGCUCCGUUUUGCCGAAGUUUUUCUUGGAAGAUGUUGGGUUGGAGGGUUUCAAUGUGUUGAGAAGAGGAGGAAAGAAAGUUGGUGUUAGCAAGUUGCCACAAGUCAUGGUUGAAGGUUUCUUGAAAGAUUAUUUGGAGAUUGAUUUUGUUUUUGGAAGAGAUCUCAUUGUUUAUGGUGGGUAUUUUGUGGGUCUCAUGAAACAAAACAAAAACCACAUUAAACAUCGUUUAAAUGAUGUAUUAGAUGAAGAAGAACCCAAGGUUUGCUUCUCGAACAGGUCCAUUAAGCACGAUUGGAUCUCCUGUAGCAAGGAAGUUUAUUUAACUAGCGAUGGAGAAAAGAUGGCAUAUCAAGCUCUCCCAAGAGGAAGAUAUCCAAAACCUCUAAUCUUUCAUGAUGGAAGAUUAGCCUUUAGACCCGAGCCACUAAGUAUGCUAGUCAUGUUCAUGUGGUUCCCAUUCGCGAUGGUUCUAACCAUUUUCCGAGCCAUCAUUGCAAUCUUCUUACCCUAUGGUGCAUUGACCCCGAUCCUAUCCUUCACCGGUAUGCAACUCAGGCUCUCCAACAAUAACUCGACUAAAAACUCCAUUAAUGAUCAUAAACAACACAAGGGCCUUCUGUAUGUAUGUAACCAUCGAACAUUACUCGAUCCAUUAUACCUCUCUUUUGGCCUCAAGAAACCCUUUGCUGCAGUCACAUACAGUCUGAGCCGAAUGUCCGAAAUCAUAUCACCAAUUAGAACCGUUAGAUUGACAAGAGAUAGAGAGCAGGAUGCUAAAACGAUGGAUAAGAUGUUAAAGCAAGGAGACCUGGUCGUCUGUCCAGAAGGUACAACUUGUAGGGAGCCAUAUCUGUUGAGAUUCAGCCCUUUAUUUGCAGAGCUGAGUGAUCGUAUCGUUCCAGUGGCUUUGGAUACUCACGUUAGCAUGUUUUAUGGGACAACAGCCGGUGGAUUGAAAUGCUUAGAUCCGUUUUUGUUUAUGAUGAAUCCAAACCCAGUUUAUAGAGUUCGAUUUCUGGAGAUGGUGAGUGGUGUUUCAUCAUCAACAUCAUAUGGUGAUGGGAAGUCUGCAAGUUUCGAUGUUGCAAAUUAUGUGCAAAACGAGAUUGGGAAGACAGUGGAGUUUGAAUGCACGAGCUUAACGAGAAAAGAUAAGUAUCUGGUGUUGGCCGGAAACGAAGGGAUUGUGAAUUCUGCAUGUAACAAAAGAUGA